GUUGUCUGUUCAUGACUUAACAUUUUGAUCUCGGACAUUCAUCGAAAUCGCUCAAAUCCAUCACGGUGCUCCAUUCGUGGUGAGAGUAGCUCUCGGACAAAGCAAGAACACCGGUCCAUGAAAUGGCCACGAAUCCCUUCGAGUCGCUCAUGCCUGGAAAACAGAGCAGCAACACCGAAGAGGAAAUGCAGAACGGUGUCGACGUCGCUGCCGAACGCUGCGGGGACGAAGAAAUCCAACUGGAGGACAUCCUGCGCGUCAGUGUGGACCAGAACAAAUGCAGAUGCGUCUUCCUGCAAGGAAUGGCCGAAUCGAAUGCUCGGCUCGUCGUCGACCGGAUGAACGAGGCUGUUUUCGAAAGACUGAUGAUGGAUCCGGAAACUCUUGCCAGGGACAAGAAAGACACCCGGCGUGUGAUGUACAUCUACGGUUGUUAUCAAAGAUCCUUCAGAGCCAAUCUUCCGGGAGAACUGUGUAACAAAAUUCGUCACAUCCUCAUUGAACAAGCGGCGACCUGUCUGAUGAAUGAGGCGAUAUAUCCCGGACCCACGAAUCCGCCUCACUCCGAACAGCUCAAAAUUCUGGUCAUGGACGAACGAUGUGUGAGAAUAGGGGAUUUCAUACGAGAUCUGUCUCUGGUCAUCGACGAGAGAUACAAAAAUGGGGGUGAAGAAGUAACUCUUGAGGCGAUCAUCACACCUUCAUUGACCGCUUUGGCGAAGGAAAUCAAAGAGCAGAAUGUGAUCUCUACCAGAAUCCAUUUAUUAUUGGAUCGUGUGAGGAUUUUCAUGCAGAACGAGCCACUCGCACUGGCCUUGCUGCGAAGUCAACCAGUAAAAGCCCCUGCCGCAAAUCGUAUGAACAUGAUGGAGGAGAUGUUGGCUGUCGCCGAAUUGAACCAAUCGCUCUUUGGAGCAGUAUUUGGCUGUUCAUUCCUCGGGAGCGACCACGCUCAAGGCUGGGGUUUCUUCGAGAACAUGACGAACAUGACGAUGCAGGACGUUGCUAUUCAAGAGAAGAACAUGUGGAGCCCCAUGAAACAGAUUCAGAGCGUUCUGUUCGACAUGACCAAUCAGCUUCUGAGGACAUCGCCCACGAUACGAACAUUGGUGGUUGAAUGGAUCGGUUAUGCCCUACAGAUGUGCAGUGGUCGAUCAAAGCUCGGAACGAACAUAGCUCAAGUUUCCCAUGGCUUCGCCAUAAAUCUGCUGAGCGUGCUCCUAAGACUGGCUCAACCCUUUUGCACAGCUACAGACGUGAACAAAGUUCUGAAGGUUGACUUCACCUAUCCGUUGUGGGCCUAUGACGGCGAUAAAGUCCGGCUGAGGGACCUGCAAGAGGACACAACUCUACUCCCUCGAAAGGAAUCCUACAGCAUAGAGAAAUCCACAUUCCUGUUCCCUACGGCGUGUUUCUUCGCAGUACAUAAGGCCAUACUGAUCGGUACGCGAGUCAUCCACGAUAGACUCUUGGAACUCAACAAGGAGAUCAGUCGCUUGAGAUCCUUGUACGACGACUCGAAAACACAAGCUCUGGGCUCCCAGGGACAACAAGCCCUCGAAGCCCUGGGAAAACAGCUCAACGCUCUCAUGAGCAAAUACCAAUGCAUGCGCACAGUUGUGUUCGAACCGGAGUUCUAUAACAUGCUAGUGAAUUUCACUGUGGCAUCUGCGCAUUGGCUUGGAGAAGUUGCCGAGAGACCUGAUCUUCACGCCCUCGCACCGAUUGAUCGACUCACCCUCACACCAGAGUACAUUCUCGAGAACAUAUCUGAUACCCUGGUGAUGACCAAAAGAUUUUCCGAGAGGAACCUCAUGCUAUAUACUGUGCAUCUCUCCCCGAUGCUGCGACUAAUCACAGUCUUCAUGGGAUCCGCUGAGCGAGUGAAGAAUCCUCAUCUGAGAGCUAAAUUGGCAGAAACGCUCGAAGCUCUUCUGAUAACAUCCGAUCAGAAUGGACAGAAUUCAUCAAUAUCGAAUUCAGAAGUGCGAUGCCUGCUCGAGCAGCCCGUGUCCGACGCUCUGGCGGAGACCCUCAUCAAUGUUUUUGUGAGCAUCGAAACGAAUCCGCAGGCAGUGUCCUUCGAAGAAAAAUUCCAGUAUAGACGACCGAUGUACCUUGUGUUGGAGCAAUUGUGGAAGUUAGACAAGCAUCGGAAACAUAUGGAAGAACUCUCGGAAAUCGCCAUCAGGGGUAUAUCAGAUCCCGUGCAACCGCUAUUCCUCAGGUUCGCCAACCUCCUAAUUAAUGACGCCAACUACCUGCUAUACGAAAGUUUCCAGCAGAUGCAAAAAUUGAAGACCCUCGAGAAGGAACGCCCCAAUUGGCGCAAUCAACCCACAGAUCAGAGAAUCCAACAUGAGGCGAACUUCCGUCACCAGGGUAUGCUCGCCCGAUUCCACAACGUUAUGUCGCGCGACACGAUCCACACAGUGACGUGGUUGACCACGUCACCGGUCAUCCGAGCUCUUUUCCUGCAACCGAUCCUAAUCGAUCCAAUCGCGACGAUGCUCAACUUCUUCUUGGUGCAUCUGGUCGGGCCCGAACAGAAGAGUCUGAGAGUCUCGGACCUGUCAGCCUAUGACUUCGAUCCGGCAACACUAGUCGUUAGCAUCGCGACAAUCUACCUCAAUCUGGCCGAGGGUCAAGAGGGUCGAAAUAAGUUUUUCCAGGCCAUCGUCCGCGAUCAGAGAUCUUACAAGCCAGAGCUCUUCACUGAGCUCCAGGCUGUCCUGAGCAAAAUCCGUCGAGGAGGCCUCUCAGUCGGGAUUGAAGAGUUCAACCGUCAGCUCACAGAAGCCGAGACAGCUCUGGCCAGACAAGAAGAACUCGUUCAAGACGCUCCAGAAGAAUUCAACGACCCGUUGCUCUACACCUUGAUGACCGACCCGGUGAUCCUGCCCACGUCGAAUAUCACAGUCGAUCGCAACACAAUCGCCAGGCAUUUACUAAGUGACCCCACCGAUCCCUUCAAUAGGCAACCUCUGACUCUUGAGAUGGUUACUCCGAACGUCGAACUCAAACAGAGAAUAGAUACGUGGCUCAGUGAAGUCAAGCGAAAAUAAAUUAUACCAGGACUACAUUGGACCAGAUCGCAUUGAAGCAGACACUCACUCAAUCAAUCAAUCCUCUGUAU